GGUGCCAGAGCGGAAAGGAGGGGGCGUGCAGAGAGGAGGGGGCGGUGGCCCGAGCGGCUGUGAAAAGCUCAAUGGCGGCCAGCUACCCGUAUGGGCAGGGUUACCCUGGUUCUGCAGGACAAGCUCCAGGUGCUCCGCAAGGCAACUAUCCUGGAGGAGGCCAGUAUGGAGGUGGGGUGCCUCCUGGCAGCUCCUAUGGUGGACCAGCGCCUGGUGGUCCCUAUGGGCCACCCUCAAGCGGAGGACCUUAUGGCCACCCUUCCUCUGGGCCUCCUGGUGGAAUGUAUGGAGGAGGCCCAGCACCAGGAGGACCUUAUGGGCAACCCUCUACCAAUCCAUAUGGUGCUCCUCAGCCUGGCCCCUAUGGGGGAGUAGGUCCUGGAGCAGGGAACAUCCCCCCAGGUGUGGACCCAGAAGCCUUCUCUUGGUUCCAGAGUGUGGAUGCUGACCAAAGCGGCUACAUCUCAGUCAAAGAACUCAGGCAAGCCCUUGUCAACUCCAACUGGUCCGCCUUCAAUGAGGAAACUUGCUCAAUGAUGAUGAACAUGUUUGAUAAAACCAAAUCUGGGCGAAUUGAUCUCUAUGGGUUCUCGGCCCUGUGGCGUUUCAUCCAGCAGUGGCGGAAUCUCUUCCAGCAGUACGACCGCGACCAGUCAGGAUGCAUUAAUUGUAAUGAGCUUCACCAAGCACUCUCCCAAAUGGGCUACAGCCUGAGCCCCCAGUUUUCCCAGCUGCUGCUCUCCCGUUACUCACCGAAGGCUGCCAAUCCUGGUAUCCAGCUGGACCGCUUCAUCCAAAUCUGCACCUUGCUGCAGUCCCUGACCGAAGCCUUCCGGGAAAAGGAUACUGGCAUGACGGGCAACGUACGACUCAACUACGAAGACUUCCUGACGAUCUCGACCGCUUGCGUGUUGUGAGAGCCAGGGGUAUUGAUUUUGUUGGUGAUCCCACUGGUGGCUGGUGGCAUUUCCUUCCACAGAAGGAAGGACCACUUUGUCCGGAGGACAUUGUGUUGCAAAGGAAAAUGAAAUUGUCCUUCUCCAUCACACCAGUGUAACUCCAGAUGCUUAAGCUAGGUGGAUUCUUGGAAAGGGUUUGGUUUGAUUGCAUUGAAACAGCUGCCUCUUAUAGCCACUAGAGGGUGAGCCACAAACACCGAAGUCAGACUGUCUGUGCCAGGCAGCUCUGCAGCAGCCCCCACUACCCUCUGCCUGAGUUCUCUCCUCUUCCCCCACUCAACCACCCCGCCAAGAAGUUAGAGGAGUUGGUUGCCAAGAAGUCUGAAUAGAGCUUCUUGCUCCUAAAUUGCCCUUCUGUAGUUUGCAUGUGCAACCUGUAAUCGCCAAAGCAGAAAACAAUACCUAGGGAAGAGAAUUGGGUUCCACAGCAGCCAAAAUUCCUGCAUUUCAUGACAUCCAUGCCAAGUGCAGCUCCCUUCUUUGCCACUAGAUGGUGAGACCGUCAGCCAAGAUUCCAGACUCUCUGUUUUUUUUUUUCCUGGGGGGGGGGAGGCUUUUCCCCUGAAGGCUUGACCUUCUGCUUAAUGUGUCCCGGCAGAUUUCUUUUUGCAUUGCUAAAGUGCAAACUCCCUUGCCAACUGCUCACUUGGCACUUCUCAGUUAUUUUCUCAGUUGCCAACACGUUGCUUGUGAUUUUUGUAAAAGCCAAAAUCAUAGAUAAAGAUGUCUCAGAAAGAGAUUUAUACCCAGGUAAAACUCUGUACAAUAAAGGACCCUAAACACUC